ACCAUCUCGUUCCCCUAACAAUACUGCCUGCCAUUAGCAUCUUUUGCAGUUGGUCUAAAGUUAAGGUAUUACAUAUUUCCCUAAUAAUAAUGAACCACCAAAUGUACCCUAUUACUAUGACGGAUGGAGCUCGUACCAAAUUUAACACCCUCAUUGUUCACAUGCAUAUUUUCACAUACGCUGUUGCAGUGAUCGCCAAUACUAGAUUAUAAUUAUAUACAUAAUCUCAUUGUUACCGGUAAAUCUUCAUUAACACCGACGUCAUCGAUCAUUCUAUCGCGUGAUGUCGACGUUGGUCAACGACUGGUAGUUCUGAAAUAAGUAACCAAAUAAUUGUAAGCGAAGAGAUCGAGAAAUCGAGAUUGAGAGACGGCGAGCGCUGUGUAAGCUUCCUCCUCUGUUCCCGCAAUGGAGAGAGGGCAGAAGUGUGAGGUGCUGAAGGCGCUUGAGGCUCUCAAGAAGGCAUCCAAGGAGAUCGAGGCCAACCCCGUUGGGGCCGCCGAGAACGGCGGCGGCGGAUGUGAUUCCCCAUCCAUGAAGGCCCUCCUCCGACUCCAGAGCGGCUCCCGAGACCUCCUAUCCGGCGAUCCCCAACUCGCCAACCUCUCUGACCUCCUCUACCGCCUCAGAUGCCUCGUGUCUUCGUUCCGCUCCUCCUCGUGCCGCGACGGUGGCGGCGAGUGUGGGCGUGGUGGUGGUGAUGGUAAAGGUGGGAUAUUUGGAUCAAUCCGAUGGCGGCGAUCUAGCCACAGCCACGAGAUCUCACGUGUCGCCGGAUCGAUUGGCGCCGAGAUCCAGUCGUGGAUCGACCGGGAAAGCGCCGACCGCCUCAUCUCUGCCCUACGUUCAUUCUCCCCCCCUGUUGCCCGUGACGCGGAAGUCGAGGAAGGGGAGUCGCUGGUGCGCGCCCUGGAGUCGCGCGUCUCUCAGGGCUUCGACCUCAGCCUGCAGGACGUGCUCCUCCGCUCCGGGGCCUUCGCCGCCGUAGAGUCCGCCCUCGCCGACGCGGCGGCACCGAAGCGGGUCCGUGAGUGCGCGGCCGCGGCGGUGCUUGCACUCGUCCGCUUCAACAAGGCUGUCUUCGUGGGCCCAGUCCUCAUGGGCCCCACAUUGGGCGCCCUCGUCUCCAUGUCCUCCGCUUUCGCGUCGGCUGCCGCUCUCCGCUCGCUUAACGGGCUCAUCACGGCCAUACGAAGCCCGCUGGUGGACGAGCUCCACGCCCGGGGGCAUAUCCCGCGGCUCGUCGGCCUCCUCGGCAUCACCGUCGCCGUCGAGGUGCGGGUGCUGGCGCUGGACUGGGCUCUGCAGAUCGGCUACUUCGGCCGGAAGGAGGCCAUCGACGCGAUGCUCACGGAGGGGCUGAUCAAGCGGCUGACGGCGCUACAGAGAUCGGACCUGGGCGGCGCCCUCAUCGAGAUAAACGACGGCGGUGGAGGAGGGGUACGGGUGGGCUGGCUGCGGCGAGGGCGUGGCGGGGAGGACGAGGAGCGGCAAUUCCUGGAUGCGCAGCCUUUCGCGAGCUGCGUGGCGCUGUGGGCGGUGCAGGUGGAGGUCGGGGAGGGACUGCGGCAGCGGGAGAAGCGGGAGAUAAAGAGGGAUGUGGUGGCAAGGGUGAAGGAGGCCGCCGCUACGGAGGCGGAGGCGGCCACCGUGCUGGCCGAGGUCCUGUGGGGGUCCACCAUCUGGUGAUCCGCGAACCGAAACAAGAACGUCACGUGACACGUGCGUUUUGGUCUUUGUUUCGUGUCGUUUCACUCGUCUCGUCUCGCGCAUCUCUUCUUCUGGCUUUAUAUGGGAAGAAGGGACAAAAGGAGUCGAUGGGGCUGCGGGGAUGGUUAGAUGCAGUGCAUGAGGAAGUGUUGCCGGUUAGAGUUGUGGUUGGUUGCAGUGCUUGAAGAACUGCGCCAGGGUUAAGAGUUGUGGUUAGGUUGAGUGCAUAAACAAGUGCUCCAGGGUUAGAGUUGGUUGGGGUUGAUAGAUGAAAGCUUGGUUUUAUAAGGGAUCAACUAUUUUGAUGGUCAAUUAUUGUACAAAUAUGCUUCAUUUAGUAUUUAGAUGGUUUUAUAAGCAAAAUAAAUUUCAUUGCUAUAUACAAA